AUGGGGGACAUGUCGAACAGCGAUUUUUAUGCCAAGAACCAAAGAAACGAGGGCAACCAUGCGGCGGGCUUCGGCUGCUCGGUCAUGGAUCUGCGCUCGCUCAUGGAGCUGCGUGGCACAGAGGCGGUGGUCAAGCUCCAGGAGGACUACGGGGGCGUAGAGGGACUGUGCAAACGACUGAAAACCUCACCCACAGAAGGUCUCGCAGGUACCGAAACUGACCUAGACAAGAGAAAAGAAACAUUUGGGCAAAACCUGAUACCUCCAAAGAAGCCAAAAACCUUCCUGCAGCUGGUAUGGGAGGCCCUGCAGGACGUCACCCUCAUCAUCCUGGAGAUCGCUGCCCUGAUCUCCCUGGGCCUCUCCUUCUACCACCCUCCCGGAGACAGCACCGGAGAGUCCUGUGGCGCAGCGGCAGGUGGGGUGGAGGAUGAGGGCGAGUCAGAGGCUGGCUGGAUCGAAGGUGCAGCCAUCCUGUUGUCUGUGGUGUGUGUGGUGCUGGUGACGGCCUUCAAUGACUGGUCGAAGGAGAAGCAGUUCCGCGGGCUACAGAGCCGCAUUGAGCAGGAGCAGAAGUUCCAGGUGGUUCGCGGCAGCCAGGUCAUACAGCUGCCUGUGGCUGACAUAGUUGCCGGGGAUAUCGCGCAAAUCAAAUACGGUGAUCUGCUUCCUGCUGACGGAGUGUUGAUCCAGGGCAAUGACCUGAAGAUUGAUGAGUCAUCACUGACUGGAGAGUCCGACCAUGUCAAGAAGAAUGUAGAAAAGGACCCCAUGCUGUUGUCUGGGACCCAUGUGAUGGAGGGGUCAGGGCGCAUGGUGGUGACUGCAGUGGGUGUCAACUCUCAGACUGGAAUAAUCUUCACUCUGCUGGGGGCCGGUGUAGAGGAAGAAGAGAAGAAAGAAAAGAAAGGAGGGGCAGUGGAAGAUGGACACCAGAAUACAGACUGCUCCCAUCCUAUCCACCCCAUCGCCACUAUAGCCACGGAUGGGGCUGCAGGCAUUAAUGCCCCUGGCAGUGCCAGCCUAAUUAAUGGUAAAAUGCAAGAUGGCAAUAUGGAGAGCAACCAGAUUAAAGUAAAGAAGCAGGAUGGAGCAGCUGCCAUGGAGAUGCAGCCUUUAAAGAGUGCUGAGGGUGGAGAGGCCGAUGAGAAAGAGAAGAAGAAAGUGUCCGUUUCAAAAAAGGAGAAGUCUGUGCUGCAAGGGAAGCUGACCAAACUGGCUGUCCAGAUUGGCAAAGCAGGUUUGCUCAUGUCGGCCGUCACAGUCAUCAUCCUGGUCCUGUACUUUGCCAUUGACAACUUUGUGAUGCAGAGGAACCCAUGGAAGCCAGAGUGCACUCCGAUCUACGUCCAGUACUUUGUCAAGUUCUUCAUCAUUGGUGUGACUGUGUUAGUGGUGGCUGUGCCGGAGGGGCUGCCGCUGGCUGUCACCAUCUCCCUGGCCUAUUCUGUCAAGAAAAUGAUGAAAGACAAUAACUUGGUUCGUCAUCUGGAUGCAUGUGAAACAAUGGGCAACGCUACAGCCAUCUGCUCUGACAAGACAGGCACACUAACAACCAACCGCAUGACGGCUGUGCAGUGUUAUGUUGGAGAUGUGCACUACAAAGAAAUUCCUGAUCCCGGAGCUCUGUCACCCAAAUCACUGGAAUUACUGGUCAAUUCCAUCUCCCUGAACAGCGCCUAUACUACCAAGAUACUGCCCCCAGAUAAGGAAGGCGGUCUGCCAAAACAGGUGGGCAACAAGACAGAGUGCGGCCUGCUGGGAUUGGUCCUGGAACUAAAGCGAGAUUACCAGCCAAUAAGAAACCAGAUCCCAGAGGAGAAGCUUUACAAAGUCUACACCUUCAACUCUGUCAGGAAGUCCAUGAGCACUGUCAUCAAAAUGCCUGAUGGGAGCUUCCGCAUGUACAGCAAGGGAGCGUCUGAGAUUGUCUUGAAAAAAUGCAGCCAUGUUCUGAACGAGGUGGGGGAGGCGAGGGUUUUCCGUCCACGGGACAAGGACGAGAUGGUGAAGAAGGUGAUUGAGCCCAUGGCAUGUGAUGGCCUGAGGACCAUCUGUGUCGGGUACCGUGACUUUCCCAGCAAUCCUGAGCCCAACUGGGAAGAUGAGAACAACAUCCUUACUGACCUCACAGCCAUCUGUGUUGUUGGGAUAGAGGACCCUGUCAGGCCUGAGGUGCCCGAUGCCAUCCAGAAGUGCCAGCGUGCAGGCAUCACAGUGCGCAUGGUGACGGGAGACAACAUAAACACAGCCAGGGCCAUAGCCAUCAAGUGUGGUAUCAUCCAUCCCGGAGAGGACUUUCUCUGCAUCGAUGGCAAAGAGUUCAACAGGAGGAUCCGAAAUGAGAAGGGAGAGGUGGAACAGGAGCGUAUUGACAAGGUUUGGCCUAAACUCCGAGUCCUGGCAAGAUCUUCCCCGACCGACAAACACACACUCGUUAAAGGCAUUAUUGACAGUACCAUGACAGACCAGAGGCAGGUGGUAGCUGUGACAGGAGAUGGAACCAAUGAUGGACCUGCGCUAAAGAAAGCUGAUGUCGGCUUUGCCAUGGGUAUUGCUGGUACAGAUGUGGCCAAGGAAGCAUCAGAUAUCAUUCUGACUGAUGAUAACUUCAGCAGCAUUGUCAAGGCAGUGAUGUGGGGCCGGAACGUUUACGACAGCAUCUCCAAGUUUCUUCAAUUCCAGCUUACUGUCAAUGUUGUGGCCGUCAUCGUGGCUUUCACUGGUGCCUGCAUCACACAGGACUCUCCCUUGAAGGCAGUACAGAUGUUGUGGGUGAACCUGAUCAUGGAUACAUUUGCAUCUCUGGCCCUGGCGACAGAGCCUCCCACAGAGUCUUUGCUGAAGAGGAAGCCAUACGGUCGCAACAAGCCUCUCAUCUCUAGCACUAUGACCAAAAACAUCCUCGGACACGGAGUCUACCAGCUGGUUAUCAUCUUCACACUGCUCUUUGUUGGUGAGCAGAUCUUUGACAUUGACAGUGGCCGUAACGCCCCUCUCCACUCUCCUCCAUCUGAGCACUACACCAUCAUCUUCAACACAUUCGUCAUGAUGCAGCUCUUCAAUGAGAUAAACGCCCGCAAAAUCCACGGAGAGAGGAAUGUUUUCGAUGGUAUCUUCAGGAACCCCAUCUUCUGCUCUAUUGUUUUUGGCACCUUUGCAAUGCAGAUUGUGAUUGUGCAGUUUGGAGGGAAGCCAUUCAGCUGUCAACCUCUGGAUCUGGAAAAGUGGAUGUGGUGUGUUUUCCUUGGGCUGGGAGAGCUUGUCUGGGGACAGGUGAUAGCCAGCAUACCAAAUAGCAGGCUGCGCUUCUUGCGGAGGGCAGGCCAAUUAAGUCAGAAAGAUGAAUUACCAGAGGAGGACGUGAAUGAAGACAACGAGGAAAUCGAUCACGCAGAGAGGGAGCUGAGGAGAGGUCAGAUCCUCUGGUUCAGAGGACUCAACCGCAUUCAGACUCAGAUCCGCGUUGUGAAUGCAUUCCGUAGUUCCCUCUAUGAAGGCCUGGAAAAACCAGACUCCAGAACAUCCAUCCACAACUUCAUGACACACCCCGAGUUUAGGAUAGAAGACUCCACGCCCAACAUCCCCCUGAUUGAUGACACGGACGAUGACUCUGCUCGGAGGAGGAAGUACUCCAGCCAGCCCUCAUCCCCUAACAAGAAUAACAACGCCAUCGACAGUGGCAUCAAUCUCACCAUCGACACCAGUAAAUCAGCCGCUUCCUCCAGCCCCGCCAGCCCUCUGCACAGCCUGGAGACCAGCCUCUAACCCUGAUCCUAACCUCAGCUCUAACCUUUAAUGUUGAUUCCUCGCAGUCUGGAGGGGGAGGGGGGUCCCCUCCUCCAAUCCCCCC